UGGAAUCAGUUCUGGAAGAUACAGAGGACGGAACAGCUGCGGUACAAGGAGAUAGGGAGGGCUCUUGCAAGAGAGAGAGAGAAGAGGACAGGCAAACAAGAGGACAGGACAAAUUAGGAAAGUUCUAUGUUAACGGGAGACGAGCGAUGAAUCAGUCAGUGCCGAGGCUGCUGCUGUUGGCGACGCUGCUCCGCGCCUCCGUCUGGUCCCAGGAUGUGAAGGACAUCGAGCGGCUACGGUUGACGGGGAGCGAGAAUCCUUAUGAGGGGAAUGUGCAGGUGGAGUCAGGCGGUGUUUGGGGCUAUGUGUGCGACGACGGCUUCGGCUUCACUGAGGCAGACACCGUAUGCAGGCAGCUCGGAUUCGAAGGCGCUCUCUCCUUCACCAGGAACGACCAAUUCGGAAGUAACUCUGCAGGAGAGAGGCGUCGAGGAGAACAGACGAAAUUCUGGCUGGACGACCUGAGAUGCGGGAACGUCUCCGACCUCAGGAACUGCACCUCGAAGCCUCUGGGAAUCCACGAUUGCGUGUCCAGCGAGAUCGCGGGCGUGGUGUGCCGCCGUGUCCCCGACGGCACCAGUGCCACCAAUGGCACCUCCGCGUGUGCCGCCGACGAAUACCGCUGCGAGGACGACAGCUUCUGCUUCCCUCGCUCCUAUGUGUGCGACGAUGACCCCGAUUGCCCCGACGCCAGCGAUGACAGAUCGGAGCUGUGCGAGGACGUGGGCGUGGUGAGGCUGGCGGACGGCAACACGCCCCUCGACGUGCCCGGGAUGGCGGCGGGCAUCGUCUUGGUGAAGCGGCGCGGCGUCUGGGGCACCAUCUGCGACGACGGCCUCAGGGACGCCGACGCCAAGGUGCUGUGCCGCGGCCUGGGCUACGUCGGCGGGUGGGCGGUUCCCUUCUACGUGGGUACCUUGGCGAGGACGCCGCCCCCAGCGUGCUAUCCAGGCCAGGUGCGCGGGGCGACGAGCAGUGGGUGGGCGCGUGCCCCGGGUCGCCUGGAACGCGGGCAUCUGCCGGACGCAGAAGUACGAUCUGGGCAUCGCCUGCUCCAAGGGCGUGACAGCCUCAGAGUCUUCCCUUUGUCGUCCCAGCCACGCCCUGAUUCUCGCUCCCGCCUCUCCCCCGAGGUGACCAAGGUGAGGGCGGUCCUUCCCCUGACAGCUUGCUCCUUUCGCCGGCAGGCGGCGUGCGGGUGGCCGGGGGGCGGCCGCGGGCGGGGGCGGCUCGAAGUGCGGCUGCCGGGCUUCGAGUGGGCCAGCGUGUGCGACGCCGGAUUCGACGACCUCGACGCGCAGGUGGUGUGCCGGACUCUGGGAUACGAAGGGGAAGCCAUUGCCACGCGCGGCGCCGACACGUCCGGACCCGUGUGGAACGUGGCGCUCGACUGCACUGGCGCCGAGACGCGGCUGGACGAGUGCAGACUGCGACUCCGCAAUGGCACCUGCGACGCCGCCGCCUUCCUCGCCUGCGCGCCCGCCCGACAGAGGCCUGACACCCAGCCACACUCUGCGCUGCCUUCGGAGUGCGGGCUGACUGCUGAUUCCUCCGACCGGUUCAUCGGGGGCCUGGCCAAGGUGCGAGGGGGCAUAGUGGCGCCCCUCUUCAGCAACCCGUGGAUGGUGACUCUGCUCGCACCGAGAGAGGAGCUGAGGUUCGGAAAGGCGCUAUGCGGAGGCGCCAUCAUCACGGAGGACCACGUGCUCACCUCUGCCAGCUGCUUCGACUCGUUUGGCAGGCACUCCGUCGUGGUCCGAGUGGGCGACUUCAAUAUAGACUUUGUCGAGGAUAGCUUCGAGGAGGAAUUCGACAUCGACAAAGUCUGGAUUCAUGAGCAGUACAAGGAGCUGGGGAGAUACGACAACAGCAUCGCCCUCAUCAAGAUCCUUCGGAAGAACGGGAGAGGUUUUAGGUUCACGGAGCGCGUGCGGCCCAUCUGCCUCCCUCUCGCCGACGAUUCGUACGAGAACCUGGACGAUUGUUCAGUGGCUGGCUACGGCAGUCUCGGAGAAAUGGAACAACAACCGCAAGUGCCCCGCCACGCGCAAGUCUCCGUCGUGGCGGACGCGCUGUGCGAGGAGAGAUUCGGCGGCUCGGCCCUGUUCUCCUCCACGGAAGUCUGUGUGUCAGACGCCACCGGGUUCGCCAACUCUUGUCCAGGCGACGCGGGCGGGCCCUUGGCUUGCUCGGCGAACGGGAGGAAGACCCUGUAUGGCAUCACGUCCCUGCAGUCCACCUGUAGCAAUGGCCUGCGCGGACCUUUCAAGGCCGUGCGGGUGGCCAAGUACAUUCGAUGGAUCUUGGGGAAGAUUGCUCCCGCCAGCCGAGGGAGCUGAGCCAGCGGGCACCGGGAGAGCAGCUGUGAUGCGCCGCUGACUGGGCCAGCGGUUCGAAACCUGGCAGUGGUCCUUCACUAGGUCUUGUUGGCCCAGCUGCCGUAUUCAUAAUUGCUUAUAUGGCCAUCAACAUCAUCAUCUGUUUCUUUUCUUACACCCCCACACACAUUGCAUACACAUGUAUCUUCACACACACACACAUAUAUACAUAUGUG